UUCUGCCUUCUCUCUGCAGUGCUGGUUGGAGUGGGAGUGGAGACCCUGCAGCGCGGGCAGUUCCAGAGCCUGGCUGUCUACCUGCUUUUCUCAGGGGCAGCGGUUUCCAUCUGCGAAGUCUCCUUCUUCGUCAGCCUGCUCCUGGGCAUGUGUAUCACCUACCAGCCAGGCUCCCUGGCACACGCCUUCUGGAAGCGAACCACCCAGCCAGCGAGCUUCCAGAAAUUCCUGGGUUAUGUGCUGCUCUCGGUAGCCUGCUUCCUGCAUCCCGUCCUGGUCUGGCACGUCACCAUCCCCGGCUCCAUGCUGGUUCUGACCGGCUUGGCCUACUUCCUGCUGAGCAAGCGGAAGAAGAGCCCGGUGCGCCGGGAGGCACGGGGGCCACUGGAGCAGUAUGUGGACCCCUGUGCCACGGCUGCCACCUCCACGGACAGUGGCGACACCGAGCAGACCUUCACCUUCCCCGGGGGGCGCCGAGAGCAGCACGCCUCCCUGCUCGGCCACAUGAAGAGCAUUCUGAAGGGCAGCAAGGACAAGGGCGCUGGCUGGCCGGCCGAGCCCGCCCCAGCCCCGCCCACCCUGGCCCCAGGCAAGCAGGUGCACUUCCAGGAGAAGCUGGUGAGGAUCAUCCCCUCCAUCAGCGAGAGCCCAGACGAGGCGGAGAGCGAGGCCGAGGAAACCACGUCCGACACAGCCCCAAUCCUCGGGCCCACGGAGACCCCGCUCCUCGUCACGCCCCUCAGUGCCACAGGCCUGUUCUGA